GAUUUUAGUUACAUACACAUGAUAUCCGGUGGUGUGGUACUGAUGCUGACAAAGCUAGGACAAAGAGAGGCAUUUUUGGGCUGUAGAUGUCUCUAGAAAGGAUGGGUUCCAUCAUGGUUUACCUAACUCUGUCUUGUAUUAUAAUGGUAACCAAACUGUCCGAUGCAGUUCAGAAUACCAUUGCUCUAACUCAGUCCAGGACAGAAACUGAUUCCAUAGAACUGACUGGGAACACCGGAAAACAACUCACUUCCUUCUUUCUGCUGUCCCCUGGAUUCCAUGCAGUUCUGAUAAACAGUUCUGACCCUGCAGUAAAUGCAACAAGGGAUGGACACAUUGAAGUUUAUUCCGAUAAUCCAGGAAUUCACAGCCUGGCCAUCAUCAUUCAGGACAACAGGAAUUCUACAAACUCUAACAUCUCUCAGUCUUGUUCCCCACUUCAUUUAAACAUGAAUUUCAAUAUUAUGAAGAAUAAAAGUACAGGUUUAUGUGGAAAGUCACCUGAUCUUAAGAAUCCUCUAGACUGCAUUUCUCUCACUGUGGGCCAACUUUUUCGCUUGAAACUGAAUUCCAAUUAUUUCUACGAUGUAGAAGAUGGGAAUACUCGACAGCUAUCCGUUACCAUGACAAUGGGCAAUGGUGAUCCAUUACAUAGCAACCAAUGGAUACAGUUUGACGCAUAUAACCAGGUAAUAUAUGGCUUAGCCUUAAAUGAAUCCGAGAAGACGGAUGAAGUAUUGCUGGUGAUUGCGGAGGAUUCCUGUGGUCAGUCCACAUAUGAUGCAGUGAGUGUUGAUGUUGUCAGUAAAAGUGUCAGCGAAUUUAACUACCCCAUCAGUGGAUACUUUGUGGAGUUUUCAGACAUUCCUGUUUGCCCUAUAGAGGAUCUGAUCAACUUGUAUGUGUUUGUCGAGGGCCUUACGCUAUGGUUCAAUGACAGCAGGGAAGUAUUUAUAGCAGACAGGGAAAACUGUACGCUUCGUUUGUUAAUGGUAAACCAAAAGAAGGAGAUUUCAUUUCAUGGGAGAAAUAAUGAAGAGGAGAGAAAUGUAUUUGAUGAAAAGGGGGAAAUCGCAACAGAAUUUUUAUGUUUUUUUAUGCCAAGUUUCAAAAUUACAAAAUUUGAACCCUUCGUGCAAAAUUAUUCCUUAGGAGAAGAAGAAGAUGAUAAUCAUUUUGUUCAGUUUAAAUCGGACAUCAAUCACUGGUUGGAAAUAGUUCUACCCGUUAUAAUCAUUCUCAGCAUCUUUGUCCUUGUAAUAAUCAUUCUAUACAUCUGCUAUACAAGGAAGAAAAAGCUGUACGUUUUACGAUCAGAAAAACCCACUUUUCUGGAGGAGAGAAGGCCAGUAAUAUUUCAGACUGAGGUCCCCUUGGAGGACCCCACGCUGAAUCCGAGAACUCCUGUCAUUCUGUCCCAUUACGACGAGGUCCCAUCCUCAGAGGUGGAGCUGUUAGAUCAGAGGUCCCUCCCAUCCACCCCUGACUACACUCCUCCCUGUACCCAACCUCCACCCUCCUACAGAAUACCACCACCCUACACAGGCAGCCACCAGUACUGGUAGUCUGUGUGUAUCAAUGCUCAAUAGUGCUGAAGGUACUCAGUCACAGCUAUAUACACUGCUAGUGGUAUUUAAAAUGCUUAGUACUGCCGCCACCAUAUACAGUGCCACCGGGUAGUGGACAUUAGUACAGCUGAUACUCAAUACUCAGUGUUUACAUGGUGUUAACAUUAAUAAUACAUGUACUAUUUGUGAUACUCAAUGAUUUGUUUACAUUUGUCACCACCCUACAAAGUACAUGUAUUAUCGUGAUUCA